CAAACACACCCUUACGAACUAGUCAAACACAAUUUUCAAAUGGCUGGUACUCACCUCUUCAUGGCCAUUCUCCAUUUCCUCCUCCUGCUCUCUCCUCCGGUGCUCAUCUCCGAUGGACCGAAAACCAUAUGCAUUGCUGCUGCCAUGAGGCCAUUGGGACCAAAUUCUGGAGAGACAGUGGCAUUCAAGCCCCAAACAAAGCACGGACAUGGUGCUUUUCAAGGCCCGGAUGUCGAGACUUGUUUGCCGAAAGGUUUUCACCACUCUUCUGCUCCUAGCAGAUACAUAAACUAUCACACUCUUGGUUCAACCACGUGUUCCUCAAGCAAAGACAUGAAAAAGCCAUGAAGACUUAUGUUGGAUGAUGUGUUUAGAGCUUUGUUAUAUGUGUAAAUGGAGAUGCAUGCAAGUCUUGCUCUUCAACCUUCUCUUUCUUUUCUUUUGUUCUUUUUUUUGCUUUUGUUGAAGCAUAUGUAAUUUUAUACAUGAAAUAAUUACAAUAUAC